AUGUCAACAUCAGCAGUACAAACCUCAAGCGUGGCGGUGGACGACAGUACAAAACAGCACCAGCAACAACAACAACAACCACAACUAUCAUCCAUAUCAAUAAUGUGGGAUUAUGACAUUGAUAAUACCCUAAAUUCAAUUAAAGAAAAUUGUCAGACCAAGAAAAUUUAUAAGACCAAAGAAGCGCCGUUAAGACCCUCACCACCAACACCUUCACCGUCACCACCACCACCUUCACAACCCCAACCUCCAUUGUCAAUGCAACAAAUGAGUAACACAGAAAAGCAGGUGCCGUCGACCAUUUCCCCCACUAUGACUACUGUCGAUAACACCGAACCUAGCAGUACAAUAAUUAUGAAUUCCAAUUCUAGUCAAAAAUUACAACCGCUUAUGGUAAAAUGUGAUGAUAUUAAAGCCGUACUACCUCUAACACCACCAGCCACACCAGUCACACAAAACACUGCCCGUAAACGUUGGAAAAUUCUCGCCAAGGUCUUGCGCAAAGAUUCCGAAGAGACGGUGUCGUCAUCGGGCGAAGAAUGUUCGCCGGAACAAAAUGCCUCAGUGCGUCGCUUUAAGUCAUUCGAUUUGUUGCGUCAGGAUAGCUUUGAAGAUCACAGUACCUUAAAUUAUUUGGGCAAAGCGGAAAAUUGGUAUAAAUACAAGGUGAUAUUGGAUACCGGUAGUAGUUCCACGCAUCAGGAGUUUACUGUAAAUAUCCAUCACAUGGAUCGCCAUUUAACGGCAUCGGAUUUAAUGGGUUUCAAUAAUACGGGCAAUAUUUGUGUAUGGCCCUCCGAGGAAGCAUUGACGGCCUUUGUCCUCUCCGAUUUGGCGUCGUAUAAUGGCAAAUGGAUAUUGGAAUUGGGUGGUGGUUUCACCUGUCUCUCCGGCCUUAUGCUAUCGAAAUAUGCCAAACCCUAUGCUGUCCACCUGACCGAUGGCAAUGAAGUCUCAGUGGAGAAUGUCAAAAAGACUGUUUGCCUCAAUGAAAUGUCUUGCUAUACGAAAUGUUCCGUACUCAAGUGGGAGGAUAAGACGGCUCGCUCGCCCACAGAAGCUGGGAAAUUUGAUGUUAUCCUCUCGGCCGAUUGUCUAUUCUUUGAUGAGGCUCGUUCUGCCCUCGUGGACACCAUUUGGUAUUAUCUUUCGCAGCAAGGUGAGGCAUUGGUUAUGGCACCACGCCGUGGUAAAACCAUGUCUCUAUUCAUUGAAGAAUCUGUAAAAUAUGGUUUUAUGGUAUCCAUAACACAACGCUACAAUGAGACCAUAUGGAAACGCCAUCUGGAGCUGAUGAAUUCAACACUUUAUGAUGCCGAUCUCCAUUAUCCGGUAUUGUUGCGUUUGAGAAAACCUCCCGUGGAACGGAAUGGCAAUACAACGACCAUACCCAUGGAUAUUUGCAAAAAUGAGGAACAAGAAGAAGAUCCUUAG